CGGACCAACCAAACCUAAAAAAGCUCCGGGUCGGGUAAGAAAAAGCAAACUCAAACGCGGGUUGUUGUUCUCUCUCUCUCUCUCUCUCUCUCUCUCUCUCGGCGGCGCCUUCUCUCUCCCGAACUCGAAGGUUUGUGUCGAUCUCGAAGCUCAGAGAGAUUCCAGUGACCUAAUUUGUCUCCCUUCUCGUCAAAAACAUAUUCCAAAAUUUCUCAGAGAUUCUAUCCACUCGUUGCGUCAAAUUCACCUCUGGGACAGCAAAACCCCAAUUUUCGUGGGCCCUUUUGCUUGCUCACUCUCUGAAUCGAACGAUAAUUAGGGUUUCUCAGGCUUCUAAUUUGAGCUGCAUCAGUCAGAAUCAAACCAGGGAAGUGAGGAAAGGGCAAAUCAAUUGAGAAGAACAAAAGGCGUGAAAUUUAGGGUUUUUGAAGAGUAUAUGUAUGGCUUCAGAGCCUGUUAAUGGAGAAGCAACCGAUGGUGGAGCAAGAGAGAAGCAAAAGGUUAAAGUUUACACGAGGAAAGGUAAAGGUCAGAGGAAAUUUUCACCCUUCUUUGCCUUUGAUGGUGAUAGCCGCGAGAAACCAGAGGGGAAAUCAGAAAACAAUCGUCAGAGUCCUCCUGAAACUCUUGCUCAAGAGUCUGAGAAGAGUCCUGUUCUUGAGGCUGCUCCUCCUCUCGAGACCAAUUCUCUGGGAGACGCUGUGUCCAUUGUAGCUAAAGACUCAGCUGCUGGUGAUGUUUCUGAGAAGGUGAUUGACAAGCCUCUUGUUGAAGCAUUUACUCAAGCCGAACCUCAGGAUGAUGCUAGUUUGGCAGCCCCUACUGAUAAGAGCGUUAUUCAACCUGUCUCUGAUCCUUUGGUUCAGGAUGAUGCGAACACUAUUCUUGGUGACAAGUCUGGGGAAGUACUCUCUCAAAGCCACAGAGCUCAAGAUGAUGUCAAUACAGUGGUUGUUGAUGAGAACUCUAUCAAGGAAAGCCUUGCUCAAGAAGAUGUUACUGCCAUGAUUGUUGACAAGAAGGCUCUUGAAGCACCUUCUGAGACCAUAUCUGCGGAAGAUGCCAAUACUGUUGUUGUUGUUGACAAGAAUCCCAUUGAAGUUUCUUCUGAUGAAGAUGUUCAUGUGGUUGGUGCAGAUAACCUAAUAAAAGAAGCCCAUCCUGAAAACGCUGUUGCAAGAGGUGCCACUGAUGCCCAACAUCCAGCAGGUGUUACAUCUGAUUCUGCUCAGAGCAUCCAUGCUACUGCUGCUGAAAGCAUGCCAAUGGAAGAGGACGUAGAUGGACGACGCACAAAGAUACAUGUACCCUCCAAGUCGAAGCAAGAGAAAGAGGAGAUUAGGAAGAAGCUCGAAGAUCAGCUUAACGUGGUCAGAGAUUUGGUAAAGAAGAUAGAGGACAAAGAGGGGGAGAUUGGUGCAUAUAAUGACUCUCGGCUUUUGGCUAGCACUAAUACUAAUAACGGAGGAGGAAGGGUCCUUUCAGGGUUCGCAUCUGAUGGACUUCCUCGUGAGGUCAUCAGACCACCAAGGCCUUUAAAUCAACUAAGUAUAUCAGUGAUGGAGAAUAAUCAGGGAGUCCAUGAGCAUGUGGAGAAAGAGAAAAGAACACCUAAGGCAAAUCAGUUUUAUAGAACUUCAGAGUUUUUACUUGGUGACAAGUUGCCUCCCGCAGAGAGUAACAAGAAAUCAAAAUCAAGUGGAAAGAAGCACGGAGGGGAGGUUGGGCAUGGUUUUGGUGCAGGCUCUAAAGUUUUCAAGAAUUGCAGUGCUCUUCUAGAAAGGCUGAUGAAGCAUAAGCAUGGCUGGGUGUUCAAUGCUCCUGUAGACGUGAAGGGUCUUGGUUUGCAUGAUUACUUCGCCAUUAUCGAACACCCUAUGGAUUUGGGAACGGUCAAGUCAGCGUUAACAAAUAAUCUGUACAAGUCGCCAAGAGAAUUUGCAGAGGAUGUCAGACUUACUUUCCACAAUGCCAUGACAUACAACCCACCAGGACAAGAUGUCCAUAUAAUGGCGGAAGUGCUCUUACAGAUGUUUGAGGAAAGGUGGGCUGUCAUAGAGGCAGAUUAUAAUCGUCAAAUGAGAUUUGCCACUAGUUAUGAGAUGAAUCUUCCAGCUUCUACAAUGAGGUCUAGAUUGGGUCCUACAAUGCCGCCACCGCCUAUCAGUGUGAGUAAUACAAUGGAUUGGAGUAGUCUCCCUUCUGACUUGCAGCACCCAAAACCAACAACAACGCCUGGCAGAACACCGACCAGUGCAACACCUUCUGGAAGGACACCUGCUCUGAAGAAGCCAAAGGCAAACGAACCAAAUAAAAGAGAUAUGACGUACGAAGAGAAGCAGAAGCUUAGCGGCCAGUUGCAGAAUUUGCCUCCGGAAAAACUAGAUGCGAUUGUACAAAUUGUUAACAAGAGGAACACUGCUGUGAAGCUACGGGAUGAAGAAAUUGAAGUAGACAUUGAUAGUGUUGAUCCGGAGACUCUGUGGGAGUUGGACAGAUUUGUAACCAACUACAAAAAGGGAUUGAGCAAGAAAAAGAGAAGAGCUGAGUUAGCCAUUCAAGCUAGAGCAGAAGCCGAGAAAAACAGCCAACAACAAAUGGCUCCAGCACCGGUGGCACGUGAGUUUUCUAGGGAAGGUGGCAACACAGCUAAAAAGACGCUCCCUACAGCAUUACCUUCUCAAGUGGAGAAACAAAACAACGAGACAAGCAGAUCAAGUAGUUCAAGCAGCUCUUCCAGUAGUUCCAGCUCUUCUAGUGAUUCUGACAGCGAUAGCUCUUCGUCAUCUGGAUCAUGAUCAGACCUAGAGACUUUGGUGGUGAAAAAUAUGUAAGGGCGUUUAAAAAGAUGGAAGGUAGAGCUAGAAGAGCAUUUGGGAGGUUAAGGAUGAUAUGACGUACAUGCCUGAGGCAGAAAUAUUACAGAGUGGUUGGGUUUUGUGGAAGGAAAGAUUGUAUUAUAUUCCUAUGAUGACUGUUAGAGUAAAAAGAAAAAUCUAAUAUUUUUUCUUUUAGAAUUGGUAGGAUUCUGUAGCUGUGUGGCUAUCUACGUUUAGAUGUAACGGUAGGGGCUGGUUUGGUUCGUCUCUGCACUUUUGUAUAUCUAUCUGCCUCUGGUCUUUAGCAGGUUUAGUUGGUUGACUGUUUCACGUUUUUAGUUUAGGGCUUUUGAAUCAGCAAAAAAAGCAUCACAACAGAUUAUGGAUUCUUGAUGACUUGUGUAUUGUAAGGUUGUGAGUUUGUGACCACUUUGUAGCUUUGUUUUCUC